UUGCCUCUUGUAAAUACUUUCGAGGCCACUUAUAAGCUUUAUCUAAGUCCGUGUCCCGUGAUAUUAAUAUAUAUAUAUAUUAUAUAUUAGUGGCGAUAUUACUGGGUGAUAUUAUGGGUGAAGAGUGAAGACUACGAUUAAAGAUAACACUUUUUAUAUUUGCGACAAUAUCGAUACACCUUGGUCCUUGGUUCGCGGUUUCAAAAUUUCAUAUUUCAUAUUAUAAUUAUUAUUCAUAAUAAAUGUUCGAUAUCAAUCAUAUUAACUAUUAAUUUAAAGUCUAAACUGUUCUCACGGAGCAGCGAGUAGUGUGGAGUACUAACACGUGGAGGAGUACCGUUUUAAGCCAUGUCUAAGUACAACGCCAGUAAGUUGAGGCAAAUGAAGCAAGGCGUGGAGAAAAUACAACACGGUAAGUUGCGGACAAACAUACCGGCCGGCAUGGCUACACCGGGUCCUCCUCUCGGGCCCAUGUUGGGCUGCAGGGGCAUCAACAUUACAGCGUUCUGCAAGGACUUCAACGAGAAGACCAAAGACAUAAAAGAAGGCAUACCCUUGCCGACACGGGUGCACGUUAAUCCAGACCGCAGCUAUCAGAUAUCGAUUACAAAACCUCCAUCCAUGUACUACCUGAAACAAGCUGCAGGCAUCCAGAAAGGAGCCAUGAACCCCCUUAAGGAGACGGCCGGAAUGCUUACACUCAAACACGUGUAUGAAAUUGCAUUGAUAAAGCAGACUGACGAGAACCUAGAGUUCAGAAAUUUAGAAGAAAUAUGCAACAUGUUAAUUUCUACUGCCAGGUCAUUGGGCAUCAAAGUAGUCAAGGAUUUGAACGCUGAGGAGUACCAACAAUUCUUAGAAGAACGAAAGAUUGUGUUGGAAGAACGAAAACGAGAAUUGCAAGAACUGAAAGAAGCAAAAAUGUUAAGAACAGCAUAAAUAAUUAGUUAAUCAUUAUUGUUAGAAGUAUGUACCAAUAAAAGUUAGUUGUAUAUAAACUCAUUGCGUACUUACAUUUA